AUGUCCGGGGCGGAUCACGGCGAGGGCGGAGAAGUAGAGGUGGAGGAGGGGGAGAUCCCCGGAGAGUGCCGCAAGGAUGAGGACGCCCGCCUUCCACGCGCCCGGGCGCCGGGGACCCCCCCCGACGGCCAGUUCAGGGCCCCCCGCGCCCCGCCACCCUCCAAGCAGGAGGGCGCGUCGUCCUCAUCGCUGCGCGGCGGCUACGGCCGGCCGUGGCGGGGCGCCCCGCCCUACGGCGUGCGCAGCCCCUACGGAGUCUACACGGACCUCAUCAUGCCGUCCUACACAGAGGACGGCGCAGCAGAGCCGGGCUACGAUGCGGGCGAGCCCGGAGAGAGGGACAGUCGCGGGGGCCGGGACAGGGACAGGGACAGGGACAGGGAUCGCGAUCGGGAUGGCAAGAGGGAUCGUGGACGGGAAAGGUCGGACGGGCGAGACAGGGAUCGGAGGAAGGAGAGGGGCGAGUGGCCGCGGCGGUGGGAGAUGGAGGGGGAGAGGAGCGGGGAGAGGGAGGAGGUCGCCGGCGGCGGUGGCAAGGAGGAUGGGAGGGAGAGGGAGAGGGCGCUGGACGCAGUGCGGUCGCUGACGCGGCGCGUGGGCGUGCAAGACGCGAUGAAGUCCCUUGAUCAAGUCUGCCAGAAUUUGAAGAAUUCAAUGAAGAAACUUGACAAGGCCUGGAGGAUGACAAAAAAGAGUCGCCCUGGUGCCAGCUUUGAAGACUGCCAUGAUUUGGUGCAGCACUCUCAGCGCAUAUUUGCAGGCCUUAGGGCGGUGCAUGCUGUAAGCGGCACUGGCGUUGGACGGAGCCAGAACCUGAGCCCUGCAAAGGAAGUGAUGCGGGCUGCAAAGAACUACCGGCACAUCCUCUUCUCAUCAACACAGAAGAAGGAACUCGAAAAUUGGAUUCAGAAGGACCAUUGUCUGGAGCCUGGGGACAAGGGGUCUGAAAGGAAGCAAGGUGACCAUGGCCAUGACAGGAAGGAGAGGGACAGAGGAAAGGGCAAGAGUGGGGAAGGGGCAAAGGAUAGUGCAAUGAAUCACACGCCUCCACCCCCCCCUCCACCGUCUCCACCUAUAGCAGUGGAGCACAAACGCCAUGGAACCUCUCAUUGCAGACCAGCAAGCGCCUCUUCUUUGUCAAAGAACUCAUCGAUGGUGCAUUUCGACAAUGGAAAGCUUCACCCUCUUGAUGACAGUGCAGCCUGCACUAGCGAUGUAGAAAAGGAAGUGCUACAUGUCCGCCACAGACUGCAACUAGUCGACCUUGCAUCACAAGAAUUGUCAGCAGCAAAAGCUGCUGACCAUAAAAUCCACCUUGAGAGCUCGGGCAAGUGUCCAUCGGCCACCAGACUCAACUGCUCACCUGGUGUUGAGCGCAGCAACAGCCAUGACAAUUCAGCAGCUGUCAGAAGUGGCAAGGUUGCUGCUCGACGUGCACAGUGCAGCACUGAACAGAACAGUCCACAGAGCAGGUCGGCUGCCAAGGGAUCUGUGCAAGCAGUGGUUGAUGAGGGCAAGAGGCACACAGAAGAUCUGGCGACAGGGAAACGUGUGCGCACAGGUCAGGGUGUUGCUGCUCAGGCUUCAGGCAAAAGGAGGCGGCAUCUGGACAGUGGGAUGACAGCCCAUGGCAGGAAACCAAGUCCACAAUCCCAACAGAGUCAACUCAAACCUGAUACCAGAAAGGCCUUGUCGAAGGGCCGCCAUGGAGGUGGUGUGUCCCAAGGGCAGUGUCCUAGUGUGCUUGGCGAUGCUUCCCUGAAAGAUCUGGAGGAAAUGGAGGAGCCUGUGACACCACCCAGUGCUGGGGACAACUGCACACCAGCGAAGGGAUGCCUGCCAGAAGGGGACCCAGCGUUGAGCCGGCCAAUGUCUCCAAUGGUGGUGAUGAGCGCGGGGCGCACUGAAGCUGCCAGGAACCCCUUGGUGCAAGGAAAACGGGAUCAGGCUGUUGAGCUGCUCUGCCAUGGGCAUUCAGCUGGUGUGACACCCAGUUAUGGGCUAGCAAAGGAUGGGUCUGCUGCACACCCUGUCAUCACGGGCCACACACUGGAGGGGCAGGGGCAUGAGGGUGUUGAGGAUGAGGAGGAGAUGGAGGUGGAGCACUUCCUGCCAGAAGAAAAACUGUCAUAUGCGCCAGGGGGCCAGCUGGAGGCCAGUGGCCAUGAGCAAAGGGGCCUUUCGGAGGGCUUGCCCUUUCAGCACGAGCAGUCAGAAACCGGUCCUUGUCCAUUGCAUGGCAGAGAGCUGGGUUCCCACUUGUCGCCAGCACCCUGGAUAUCCGGUGCACCUUCUGGUUGGGAAGAUGCCGUCGAUGGGCACGUCGAGUUUGGCCAGUUCAAGAGUGACAAGGAAAACAGCAUGGUGCAGACUGCACAAAGGAAGGCGUCACCGGCUGCACUUGCAGAUGUUGAGGCUCUGCUGAAGGACAACCGCCUAUGCUUGGUUCUGGAUUUAGACCACACACUCUUGAACUCGUGCAAGUUCUCUGAGGCCGAUCCAGGCAUUGAGGAAGUACUGAAUGUGAAGAUGACACAGGAAGAGCAGAGGACACCAGAGGACAAGCAGCUGUUCAAGUUGCUGAAGCUUGGAAUGUGGACAAAACUGAGGCCAGGCCUGAGGCAGUUUCUCAACAGAGCAAAGGACAGCUUUGAGCUCUGGAUACACACAAAUGGGAACAGGACCUAUGCCACUGCGAUGCGAGCACUGAUCGACCCAGAUGGCCAGCUGUUUGGCGAUCGAGUGAUUGCCCAAGACAGCGGAGUGGGUGAUGACAAGGUGGCGCAACCGAAGACGCUGAGGAAUGGUCUUGAAGGCCGUGAGCCAAUUGUUUUGAUCCUGGAUGACAGCACGUCAGUGUGGCCAAGCGAGGGUCAAAAUUUGUUUUCUGUGGAGCGGUACCUCUUCUUUCCAAGCAGUCGUCGUCAGUUUGGGAUGCCUGGACAAUCGCUGCUGGAGAUCAAUCAUGACGAAAGUGGAACUCAGGGCAUGCUGAUGACUGCCCUGGAGGUGCUGCUCAAGGUGCAUGCGCGCUUCUUCAGAAGCUUGCAGGCUGCAGCCACUGUUCCAAAGGCUCCAGGAAUGAUGCUAUCAGAUGUUAGGCGAAUCAUGGAUGAAGAGCGCAGCCUUGUUCUGGCAGGGGUCCACAUCGUCUUCAGCCGAGUAAUUCCGUUGGAGCAGCCACCAGAAACCCACCCUCUGUGGCGGCUGGCAGAGCAAUUUGGGGCAACAUGCAGCCCAACCUUCAAUGCUCAGACCACCCACGUCAUUGCUGUGGUUUCAGGAACAGAGAAGGUAUUUUGGGCCAGGCAAAACAAACGUCACGUCGUAACGCCCAACUGGCUGGAGUGUUCGUGCACGCUGUGGCGCCGAGCAACUGAAGAACGCUUUGCUGUACCAUGA